AUGGCUGAAUUAAAGCAAGUUUCUUUCACACCAGAUGUAUUGGCAAGAGUGGCACCAGAUGUAUCUCUACAACGUCAUCUAUCCAUUGGAAUUAGACCUAAUUUACGUAAUUUCACCGAGUUUAAAGCAGUUGAUUUUGGCAAUAGUUUUCAACUACAACAAAAAGAACACAACAUCUUUGCAUCGUCCAUUGUGAAAAGUGGAUCCACCACAGUAAUCACGACAAUCAGUUUAGGCAUUGUCGAAGAUUUAGGCAAUAAGCACAAACAACGCAAUCAACACUUUGCCACCGUCUAUCCUCAAGUUGAAAUACUUCGUGGUAGAUCUGGUGCUCCCACUGAUGAAGAAAUGAUUAUAAGUCAAGAUUUGUUUGAAACCUUUAGGCAUUGUAAAAUCAUUCCACAAGAGAGUUUGAAUAUUGACAAUAUUGGUAUCAAGAUAAAAGAUGAAGAGACUGGUGAGGAAGUGAUAUUGUAUCCUGAUUUAAACGAAUCGCAAUGGCAAUAUGUCAAUUUAUCAAGUAUGCAUAACAAACCAUUUCAAUUUGUUUUGUUAGCAAAUACGAAAGUAUACCUGAGAGAGGUCUCAACAAAUUCAAUUUUUGAUUUAUGCUUUGCUUCUAUUUUGAAAGCAUUGCAAGAUAUGAAAUUACCAAGGUGUUUUGUUAAUGAUUCAAUAAGUACAAAGAUUUCCAUUAGAUCUAGAAAAUCAAAUGCAAGAGGAUUGGUGGAUACGAAUAAAGGAGUGUUGAACUUGGAUUUGAGACAAGAAUCACAAUACAAGUUACAAUUGAAUGUGAAUACAGGCACCAUUUCAAGUAAUUUUGGUGUGAUAAAACUAGACCAAAGGGGGGACACAGAGCAACAUAACGAUGAUGAUAUGAUUGUAGACAAUGAUGAUGAGCCCAUUUUAUUAACUGACUUAGAAGGUGAGGCGGAAGAAUCAACUAUAUUGUCGAGAAUAUCUAUCGUCAACAAUUCACAAACGAUAAACAAGAUCAGCUUGGUUAGUAAUGGUGAUGUCACUUUGGAUACACUUAGGCGAGCCCUUGAUAUAUCCAGACAAAGAGCUAAUUUGAAAUCAUAG